AUGGACGUCGAAGUUGAUGAAGCAGAACAAAGUGCCGAGACUGUCAAGACGACGAAAGCGGAGCACGCAGCGGAUGAGACGCCCGUCAAAGAUCGGGGAGACGGCAACGCUCGCCAGUGGAAGAUGCUUAAUGAGAAUAUCGCAGCACUGCGCCGGACGAUUGAGCAGGCGGUUAGCCAUUGGAUGGCCAUCUCGAAAACGCCGACAACUGAGCACGGAUCACGUGCAACGGGCGAGAUGCGCUCGCCACAUGGGGCAUGGGAGACUUUCGAGCAGCGACAGCCGACCGGUGGUCCGGAUAGAGCAAGCGCCUCAUCGCGCCACUGCUCAUUUUGCCGCGGCGAUCACAGGUCCAUCUGCCUUGAGCAUUGUUGCCAAGGUGAAGGGUGGAAAUCAAAUAGCCGGAAUGAUUGUCAUAUAAGAAAGUCAGACAUGUGUCUUCUGGACCAGUACCAUUCCAAAUUGACCGAUACGGACUACAAUUCGCUCAUCAAGAAGAAUCAAGUUAUGGUGUUUUAA